AUAUACCUAGGUAUGCGUGUAUGGCUGGCUCUGUGCUUUUCAUUUAAUUUCCUUCAAAAAAAACAAAUUCAAAUUUGAUUUUCCCUCUUUCAGUGACUCUUCUGUUUGCUUUCAUUAUCAUCCUUGUUUCCAUCGCCAAUUUUAAGGCUUUUUCUGUUCCUUUAUUGAAAAUGCUCGUUUGCGGUCUUAUUCAUUGAAAUUACCUGUUCCCUUGCGUACGUGGUUGUGAAGCUGUGUGUCUGCUUUCCAUUUCACAGGAAACCUCCUCCACUAUUUUUUUAAUAUUUGUGUCUAUUGAUUGUCCCCUUUCCUUCAUAUUUUUCAAUGUUUCUGUCUAUUGUCUGUCCCCUUUCCUUCAUAUUUUUCAAUGUUUCUGUCUAUUGUCUGUCCCCUUCCUUAUCUUCCUCUGCAGCUAUUUAAGAAAAUCCUGAGAGAAAUUUGAAUUAACUGCAACAUACAUAGUAUUAUUACUGCGAGUGUAGGUGGAAAAAGGCUCAGUCGUGCUAUGUCUUGUUCGCAGGAAAAUGAAGUUCUUCUCCCUGUGGUUGACAUCUCACAAAUUUCACAUGCCUUUGAAAGACAACAAGGGACAGGCAAUCCUGCGUUGGCCACAUUCAGAAAGGCAUGUGAAGAAUGGGGAUUUUUAUAUGUAGUAAACCAUGGAAUUCCAGAAGAUCUUCUCCAAAAUGUUGAGUCCCAGGCCGCACAGCUGCGCGCAUUGCCUCUAGAAAUUAAAGAAAAGCUUGCCACAUCUAACCCUGCAGACGCUAAAGAAAAGGCGGCCACUUCUAACACUGGAGAAACUGAAGAAAAUGGCGCCACUUCAAACCCUUCAAAGAUUAUAGGAAAGACUUCCCUUUCUAAGCCAAAGAAUGGAUACACUAGUACAGCUUGGAUGGAUAACUUCUGUUUCACAGAACUGCCUCAUUCAAAUUCGGUGCAGGAGGUAUGCGAUAAGAUAUGGCCGGAGGAAGGAAACCCAAAGUUCUGCGAGGCAAUUCGAACAUAUGUCGUCUCUGUGGCUGAUCUGGCAAGCAGGAUCAGUAAAAUCAUAGUAGCGAGCCUAGGGUUGGACGUGGAAACUGUCUACCAUGCUGACUUCGAAAAUUUCGUGAGUCACAUGCGUAUAAACCUCUAUGUCACAGAUAGAAAGAUGUCAAUGGAGGAGGAGAUCCCGCGUUCUCAUACAGAUAUCGGCUGCUUUACUAUUCUUUAUCAGGACAAGGAAGGCGGUCUCCAAGUUCGAUCAAAGGAAGGGAAGUGGGUGGACGUGAGGCCUCUUCCUAAUUCAUUUGUCAUCAAUGUGGCCGACUGCAUGAAGGCAUGGAGCAAUGGCAGGUUUCGCAGCGCGGAGCACAGGGUUGUUUACAAAGGGUGGAAGGAUCGCAUAUCCAUUCCUUAUUUUGUGCAGUUUCCUCCCGAUAAACAAAUUACUGCUCCAGAGGAGCUUGUGGACGAUGAUCAUCCACGGCGUUACAGGCCUUUUACCUUUUCCCAAUUCAGGCAAGCAUUUUAUAAUAAUAUGGUCGUUGGAAAAGGAGAAAACCCUGCAGAUUUCAUUGAUACCUACGCAGCUAUAUGAUACCUCUGCAUCUCUAUCAAUUAAUAUGUUACCUUCCAUCUAUUUGUCUGACUGUGUUUUGGCCUCUGUUCUUCUUCGGCUCUGCUAUCUGAACACUCUAACAGGAUGUAAUAAAAGAAUAGACUGAAGGAGAACAUAAUAAAGGAGGAAAAUUCCUUUCUCUUUAAUUAAUUUUAUAGAAUGCAUAGUUUGUGGAUCUAAA